AGUGCCAAUUCAAUUGAAGAUCGUCGAAUGCAGAAGCUUCUUCGUAAAACAUCAAAAGAAAUUUAUAAGCUUCGUAAGACAAAAGUGGAAAAGAACAAACCAGAUAUGAUAUCAUUUAAAGAAAAAAUGGCGUUCUUUACCCGUCGUGGAGCUUCAUCGGUGCCUGAAAUUCCAGCUUCAUCAACGUCUGGUAUAAAUCCAUCACCAAGCGAGCAACAAAUAUCUGAAGAAGAGACGAAAAAAACAUUUAAUUAUAAUCUUAAUCGUGAUGGGGUUGAAGUAUAA